UAUAUAGCUAUUUUAGCGGCGUUUGCAUUAUUCUCGAAAGUGCAAGAACGUUGUAAACACGUACGUUAAAUGACAAAUAUAUUGUUAUAAUAUUGUGAUUAAUUAAAUAUUUUAUAUAAUGGUAUAAUUAGAGUCUCACGAUGUUGGGUAUAAUUGUAUCUGGUCGUCUAGUUCAGACGGAUUUUCAACAAAUUGGAGAAAAUCAAUUUUUAAUCACUGUACUCGAUGCUGAUAAUAUAAAUCAUAUUGUAGUGUUUCUUACAGGCACUAUUCCAUUCCCUGAUGGAAUGGGUGGUGCAGUAUAUUUUAGUUGGCCAGAUUCAAAUGCACCACCAAACUGGCAGUUUCUAGGAUUUAUUUCUAAUCUUAAACCGUCUGCCAUAUUUAAAAUAUCUACGCUAAAGAAAAAUCAUGAAUUUGAAAAUAGUAAUUUAGGAAUAUUUGGAGUUGGCAAGAUAUCUCACGUAGCACAAAUAGGCAUUUCUGUUGAACCAUUGAAUGUGAUAGAGCAGCAAGCAGCUACUGUUACCGAAGCUGCAACUAAUUCUUUUGUAGAAUUUGUACAGAAGAUGCUUACAAGCUUUAUAAAUUAUGCAUCCAGUUUUACUGUGACUCAAGCACAGAUGACUCCAAAUCCUACAGAAAAUUUUGUACCAUUGUCUACUGUACAAGGAUGGUAUGAAACCUUUGAAAGAAGAUUACAACAAAAUCCUAAUUUCUGGAAAGCGUGAUGAAGAUUCAGAAUGGGAAUUAGUUAGGUUCUACAUAAUUUUUGUUCGUAGCUUUAAAAGAAUCUGUAUGUUACCUACACUUCUCUAGCAUUUUUAUAUUAUGUCUGCGACAUAAAAUCAACUUUUCUGUAUUUUCAAAAGGUAAUUAAUUCCUUUGCAAUUUUUGUUUAAGUAAGAAUAUUUUAAUACCCUAAUUAAGCAUGAAUAGAAAAGCAUAUUAGUCAUUCUAAUAGAUGAAAAAUAAUAUUCAUAUCAUUUUUCAUUUUAUUAUAAUCAAUAAAUGCAUUUAAUGCACCAAUACAAAUCCAUGUAAGAUACAUCAUCGAUAUAGAAAUAUGUAUUUACAUAAUGUCACAUAGUAUACUUGAUGCAAAUGCUUAGGAAAUAUAUUAUUUAAAAUUAAAGAUGAAAUAACAAUUUUGAAUAAAAAUAAUGAUUAAUAUUAAGGUAA